AUGCCGCACGCCUUCAAGCCCGGGGACUUGGUGUUCGCCAAGAUGAAGGGCUACCCGCACUGGCCAGCCCGGAUCGACGACAUCGCUGAUGGUGCCGUGAAACCUCCGCCCAACAAAUACCCCAUCUUCUUCUUUGGUACACACGAGACAGCCUUCCUGGGACCCAAGGACCUGUUCCCCUACGACAAGUGCAAAGACAAAUACGGGAAACCCAACAAGAGGAAAGGGUUCAAUGAGGGCCUGUGGGAGAUCCAGAACAACCCCCACGCCAGCUACAGCGCACCCCCGCCCGUGAGCUCCUCUGACAGUGAAGCCCCAGGUGCCGACCCCGGGGGCGCGAGUGACGCCGACGAGGACGGCGAGGACCGGGGGGUCAUGGCCGUCACCACUUUGACCACCACAGCCACCAGCGACAGAAUGGAGAGUGACUCGGACUCCGACAAGAGCAGCAACCACAGCGGCCUGAAGAGGAAGGCCUCGGCGAUGAAGGCAUUGGCCUCGAAACGAACCCGGAAGGGCUCCAGUGACCUGGACCAAGCCAGCGUGUCCCCCUCGGAAGAGGAGAACUCGGAAAGCUCAUCCGAGUCCGAAAAGACCAGUGACCAGGACUUCACCCCCGAGAAGAAGCCCGUGGCCCGAGCCCCCCGGCGUGGCCCUGUUGGAGGACGGAAGAAGAAGAAGGUGCCCUCGGCCUCCGAAUCUGACUCCAGAGCCGACUCGGACGGGGCCAAGAACGAGCCUGUGCCUGCAGCCCCGUCUGCAUCCUCCUCUUCCUCCUCCUCAUCUGAGUCGGACGUGCCUGUGAAGAAGCCCCCAAGAGGCAGGAAGCCAGCCGAGAAGCCUCCCCCGAAGCCCCGCGGCCGGAAGCCCAAGCCUGAGCGGCCCCCGCCCAGCUCCAGCAGUGACAGUGACAGCGACGAGGUGGACCGCAUCAGCGAGUGGAAGCGGCGGGAUGAGGAGCGGCGGCGGGAGCUGGAGGAGAAGCGGCGGCGGGAGCAGCAGGAGGAGCUGCGGCGGCUGCGGGAGCAGGAGAAGGAGGAGAAGGAGCGGCGGCGGGAGCGGGCCGAGCAGGACGCCCCCCGCAGCGCCAGCGACAGCAGUGCUGACGAGCUCCGUGGGGACGACCAGCCCGCCAGGAAGCGGGGCCGCGGGCGGGGCCGGACACGAGCACCCCCGUCCUCCUCCGACUCGGAACCCGAGGCCGGCCUGGACAAGGAGGCAAAGAAAUCUGCUAAGAAGCCCCAGCCGCAGCCUCCAGAGUCUGCAAGGAAACCCAGCCAGAAGGAGAAGAGGGGGCGUCCAGAGGAGAAGCCCCGAGCCAGGCCCCUGAAGGUGGAGCGGACUCGGAAGAGGUCUGAGGUCUUCACUCCCGAGAAGAAGGUUGAGAAGAAGAAAGAACCAUCCGUGGAGGAGAAGUUGCAAAAACUGCACAGUGAGAUCAAGUUCGCCCUCAAAGUGGACAACCCAGAUGUGAAGAGAUGUCUGAGCGCCCUUGAGGAGCUGGGGACACUGCAGGUCACUUCCCAGAUCCUCCAGAAGAACACGGACGUGGUGGCCACUCUCAAGAAGAUCCGCCGCUACAAAGCCAACAAGGAGGUGAUGGAGAAGGCCGCGGAGGUCUACACACGACUCAAGUCUCGAGUGCUGGGCCCCAAGAUCGAAGCCAUCCAGAGGGCCAGCCGGACGAGGGCCGAGAAGGACAAGGCUGAGGCGGAGCGGGUUGAGGAGGGGCUGGCGACAGAGGAGGCGGCCAAGGAGAAGGUGGAGGACGAGCCACGCGCCGACCCAGCUGCCCCAGUGAAUGGCGAGGCCUUGUCACAGAACGCCGAGGGCGUGGGCGAGCGGGAGCAGGAGGACGCCCAGAACUCUGAGGAGGGCCCCCGGGGUGAUUCCUCCGAAGACCUGCACGAUGACCUUCGGGAGGGACCUGACCCUGACAGGCCCGGGAAUGAGCGGCCAGAGCGUGAGCGGGCCCAGAUGGACUCAGAGUCCCUGGACGAGGACAGCUGA